GAGAAGUGCUGAUGGAUAUAAAAUCACAAUUUUUAAAGAAUUGUGAGUUGAGAAAUAUUGGAAAUAUAAUUUACUCUGCAACACAAGAUAAAAAAAGAUUUUGUCAAAAUUAUUUCUGAUGCAGCUAAGAAAAAUGCAGGCCAUUAAAAAGGAGCAGGCACUUGAUACAAAUAGAAAUGUAGACAAAAUGAUAGUGCUUAACUCUGCCCUAACUGAAGUGUCUGAAGACUUGAAUACACAUGAAGAUCUAUUACUUAAUGAAGGAGGUAGUGGAAAAAAUAAAUCUUCAGCAUGCCGGAGAAAACGGGAAUUCAUUCCAGAUGAAAAGAAAGAUGCUAUGUAUUGGGAAAAAAGACGAAAGAAUAAUGAAGCUGCCAAAAGAUCACGUGAGAAACGUAGGCUAAAUGACCUGGUUUUGGAAAACAAACUGAUUGCAUUGGGAGAAGAGAAUGCGUCUUUAAAAGCAGAACUGCUCUCACUAAAAUUAAAAUUUGGUUUAAUUAGUUCUACGGUAUAUGCUCAGGAGAUACAGAAACUCAGUAAUUCUACAGCUGUAUAUUUCCAAGAUUACCAAACCACCAAAUCAAAUGUUAGCUCAUUUGCAGACGAACAUGAAACGUCAAUAGUGGGAAGUAGUUGUAUUUCUGUCAUUAAACACUCUCCUCAAAGCUCUUUGUCUGAUGUCUCAGAAGUGUCAUCAGUAGAGCAUUCUCAGGAGAGUCCUGUUCAGAACAACUGCAGAAGUCCUCAGAAUAAAUUCCAAGACAUAAAACAAGAACCUAUGGAAUUAGAAAGCUACACAAGAGAGCCAAGAGAUGAUAGAAGUUCUUAUACAGCAUCCAUUUAUCAAAACUACAUAGGAAAUACCUUCUCUGGCUAUGCUCACUCACCUCCCCUCUUGCAGGUGAAUAGAUCCUCCAGUAAUUCACCAAGAACAUCAGAAACUGACGAUGGUGUUGUGGGCAAGUCAUCAGAUGGAGAAGAUGAGCAACAAGUUCCCAAAGGUCCAAUCCAUUCCCCGGUUGAACUUAAAAGCAUACAUGCAACAGUUGUUAAAGUUCCAGAAGUGAAUUCAGCACUACCACAUAAGCUUCGGAUUAAAGCCAAAGCCAUGCAAAUAAAAGUGGAAACAUUAGAUAAUGAAUUCGAUACCACACAGAAACUCUCCUCACCUAUUGAUAUGUCAUCCAAGAGACAUUUUGAACUUGAAAAGCAUGAUACACAAAAUUUGGUACAUUCUUCUCUUACUCCUUUCUCUGUGCAAGUGACUAACAUCCAAGAUUGGUCACUAAAACCAGAACAUUGGCAUCCAAAAGAACUCAGUGGCAACAUUCAGAAUAAUUGCAAAACUGGAGUUUUUGAAAUCAAAGACAAUGUCUACAGUGUUUCUGACUCAGAGAAUUUGUACUUGAAACAAGGGAUAGCAAACUUAUCUGCAGAAGUUGCUUCACUUAAAAGACUUAUAACUACACAUCAAAUUUCUGCUUCAGACUCCACUUAAGUUACAAUUGAAUUGUUUUAAAGAUGUCAUUUGCAGUUGAUCAACAUGUUUUGUAUUAUGCUUAAUUUUCACUGGACUUGUGAGGUCAUUUCACUGUAAUGUUCACAUGUUGUCUGAGAAGUGUCUUUUAGUGCACAAAUUAUUAUGAAGAUUAGGUUGCGUUCUGAUCACUAUGCCUUGUGUAUAGUCAGGUAGCCUCUGCAAAGGCUGAAUAUAGAACAUUAUUUUUCAUUGUUCAGUUAUUAAAUGUGAAAAUUACCACUUACAAUAAAAUAUUGGUGACAAACAUGAAACUUUA